AUGGAUGAAGGACGUCACCAUGUCAGCCAGAAGGAACUUGGUUUUAGAAAACCCGAGAUCUUCAACGGUUCAGACCGUUCGAAGCUUAGGGAAUUUAUAAACCAAUGCAAGAAUUACAUGGCCGGAAAUAGCCAUGUCUACCAGGAGGACAAUCAGAAGAUCGCAUUCGUGCUAUCGCACAUGCAAGGAGGAACAGCAGGAUCAUGGGCACAGAGCUUCAUAGAAACGGAACUCACCAAUGAUGACUUCCUUUCUUAUGGGAGUUGGAGAGACUUCAUUGCAAGUGUGAACAAAGCAUUUGGCGAUGAAAAUAUUGAAGAAACUGCUCGUACCUUGCUGCGUAACAUCAAGCAAGGAACUCGUACUGCGGACGACUACAUUGCCGAAUUCCGAUCGCUUGAAUCCAAGGCGAAACUAGAAGAUGCCGGAAAUAUCGAGUAUUUCAAGUGGGGACUUAACGACCCACUCAGACAAAGGAUAUAUGGGAUGGAAAGCAUGCCCAAGACACUUGACAAGUGGUACGAAUACGCCUCGCGGUUUGAUAACCAAUGGAGAUCUGCUCAGAUCUUCAAGCGAGGAGCCACUACGACGACGCGAGGAAAGGGCCGAUCUGUCCAUCGUCCCUACUACUCGGCUUCUGCAAAGGAUCCAAACGCGAUGGAUGUUGAUCGUGUCAAUAUCUCGCGCUUAUCCCCAGACGAGCGACAGAAGAGAAUGAAAGAAGGACUAUGUUUCCUAUGCGGAAAGAAGGGCCAUAUAGCCAACGACAGACAAUUUCACCCCCAGUCUGGAAGUUUCACCCGUGCUAGAACGAUACAGCCCGGGUUAGACACAGACACGAUCACAUGGAUCAAGAAGAUGCGAGAAGACCUCGCACAGAAGAAGGAGACGUCGAAGGAAGAAACCAGAGAGGAACAGAUCGCCUAUGUGCGAAACGUCUUCAACGACAUGACUGACGAAGAACGAACCCAAUUGGGUUUUUGA